AUGUUUAUUAUCAACGCAAUCAAUUUUCUUGUUUUACUCGCAGUGUCUUCGGCCACAUUUUUCGACAUAUUCGCCGAGUCGAACGGCGUGAUAACCGAGAAAGGCCACGAAAUCUACGAAAAGGUCAAAAACUACUUCUACUCGCCCCACGAGAACAUCGAGGUGAGCUUGGACCUCGACAGCUUCUUGCAGGCGAACGGAAAUGUUCUGGCCAAGCUGCGAGACGUUUACUUCAGGUCCAUGGAGGUCUCCAAGCAAGCUGCCGAAGUGUCCGAAGACAUUUCCGACAUAACGGGGGUGUUUUACGACUCCAUGGCUAACCUACAGACGGAAUCGGCGAAACUAUCCACUCAGCUGCAGGAGUUGCUGAACGAUCCCGAAGGAAAUUUGCACGUUUUCGAGUUGACCAUUCUCAGUGCCGAAGAUAUCGCUAAAAAUAUAUGGGAUUUACUGGAGAGGUUCUUCCAGAUACUAGUUGGAGCCAAGGAAGUCGCUGGCGACACCCACGUUUUGGUCCAAAUGAGGAAAAAGGACACGAACAUCGUCAAUCCCGCCGAAGAAGUCCCCGAGGAUUUGCCGGAAACCAAUGAACCUGCCGAUGAUGCUAACGAUCCGAUCGAAAUCGAUCCUAUUGAUAUCCCUGCGACAGACGAUGACGAUGAUAACUUGGUGAUUGUGAUCUCAGAGUCUGCCAGUAAGGAAGUCGAACCGCUCGAACCCAUCAAACCCGAGGAAUCGAUAAUCAUCGUUCCUAGACCUCCUUCUCCAGAUUCCGUUGACUCCACUACACUUGAACCAUCUACGAGCACCGAACCAUCAACAACAACAACAACAACCACUACUGAAGAACCCACCACUACAAGUACAACAACCCCGAAACCUCACCACAGUCACAGUCACAGUCACCAUCACCACGAAAAUCUGUGCAAUUGCGAUCUGUGUUCGUGCACGAAAUCCUGCAAGCCCUCUAAAGGAGAAGCAAUUCCCUUUAUUUCUUGCCCUGCACACCACACUUGCUGCAUAAUGAAGCCUACAAGCGGGGACUACGAUUGGGAAGCUCUCUUGGAGACACAGUACAAACAUCUGUAUAACAACCUCGCGUAAAUGUCGAAUUCGAAAUAAAGCGAACUUUAAUCCUCUAUAUA